UUACCCACUGAGCCAUCUCACCAGCCCCUCUCUUCAUUUUCUUGACAGGGUCCCUGUGCGGCCCAGGCUGCUCUCUAAAUCCUGGCUCCCAGCAGACAACCUUUGCAGCUCAGCUUCUGGAGUAGCUUUGCAUAUACACAAUGCCAACCACUCCACCUCCCACCCCAGAUUGCGUGUUGUUCUGUUUGACAUAGAGCUUUAUGUAGCCCAGGUCAUCCCUCAUAGUGACGGGAUCACAGGAGGACAUCACCAUAUCCAAAACAGCCAGGAAAGAAGCAAGGCAUAGGAAAGCUGGCAAGGACACAGUACGGUACUGGUUCAGACCAGUGGGGCUGGGCUAGGGAGAAAGGCGGGUGGCAUGAGCAGGAAGAGCAGGAGGCAGCCUGAGAAUUUCACUUAAAGGUUGACAUGAAGGUCCAUGAGGCAGAGAAGGAAGUGUCUGAGGGAUGAAGGCCUUGGAGAUGGAUGCUGGCACUGGAUGCAGGUCUGGGGGUGAACGUGGUAAGACGGACGAGAUGCAAGAGUGACUUGAACAGGAUGGCGAGGUCAGCAUGGGCUACGAGGCCAUCUUAGAACCCCAUUAGAAUGUUAAAAUGAGGUGGAAGAGAGUUAAGAGAAGAGAAGAGCUGAGCGAGGCUACUUACAGCCUUAGGGGCGGAAGGAGCAGAGAGAAAGGUCUGCUGGGGACAAUCCACAGAUAUCCAGCAAGUCAGAGUCCCACAUCCCCCAGGCAUGCAGCCAAGUUCCCCAGGGGAGCCAAGAAACAGGUGACACCAAAGCAGCCACUGGGCCUCCUGGGGAACAGACCCCUUCUGUCACAGCAGCUGCCACUGUUGUUACUGGUGACAUUUCACUGGGUCCUGGCUUCAAAGUCUCUGCAGGGUCUGGAAAGGAGGUUGAAGAAGCCAGGUCAGUAUUGGGGAGAGAGCCAGAGUAGGGUAGGUGAGGCUGGAGCAGGCAGCCAAGCGUGUUUAGGCGUCUUCAGGACCUAGAAGGAGCUGCAAAAGCUUGGAGUUUCAGGCUUGCACGGCCCUCCGCACCUUCUCCCAGAUGUCUAGCAAGGUGGCCACUGGCAGUGACAUUGGACAGGCCCGCCGGGCAGUGGAGCAACUGCGGAUGGAAGCAGGCAUCAACCGCAUAAAGGUAUCCAAGGCAGCCGCAGAUCUGCUGCAGUUCUGCACGGAACAGGCCAAGAGCGACCCCUUCCUUGUGGGCAUCCCAGCUGCCACCAACCCUUUCAAGGAAAAGAAACCCUGUGCUAUCCUAUGAACCCAUGAUAAUGCCUUUAUUACU